AUAUCUCUGCAAGCAAGCAUUUCUCCACGAAUCAGCCACCCUUCGCUGUUAUUAUUGUUCACUCAGCACCUAGGGCAGCGAAAAUGCCCAGUGCACCGAAGCAGCGGAAGAUAGCUAUUGUUGGCAGUCGAUCCGUCGGUAAAUCCUCUCUGACGGUUCGAUUUGUUGAGCACCAUUUUGUCGAGAGCUACUAUCCGACGAUCGAAAACACGUUCAGUCGAAUAAUCAAAUACAACGGCCAAGAUUUUGCAACAGAAAUCGUCGACACUGCUGGACAAGAUGAGUAUAGCAUACUGAAUUCUAAGCAUUUCAUUGGAAUUCAUGGAUAUAUCAUCGUCUAUUCUGUGGCGUCACGCCAAUCCUUCGACAUGGUGAGGGUAAUCAGGGACAAGAUAUUGAAUCAUCUCGGAGCCGACCAUGUUCCGCUCGUUGUGGUUGGAAACAAGAGUGACCUCAAGCACGAACAACGCCAAGUUUCCCUGGACGAAGGCCGGCAGUUAGGCGAAAUUUUCCAUUGUGCAUUUACAGAAGCCAGUGCUCGCCUCGACUAUAAUGUUGCGAAAGCUUUUGACUUGAUGAUCGGAGAAAUCGAAAAGUCCCAAAACCCUCCACAGCCUGCUGGAGGCAAUAAAUGCACCAUAAUGUGACAUCGACCAAGUAAUAAUUUAAUUGACGUUUUUGCUUUUUCCUUCUAUAAGCUAAGGUUUGAUAUUACCUUUCCUCCGUUGACCCGCUCUACUGCUAAUUCUUUCACCCUUGACCUAUUGCUUCAGAAUUUUCAUCUACCACUAAUUACCUGGGAGUUUAAUGUUACGAUAUUGGGUGAUUUAGACGCGAGAGAACUGUUUCUGGAUAAUUUGGAGUGUUGUCAACGUAAUGAAUGCUAGGAAUCUCAAUU